AUGAGACUGGCUCCGUGUGUCUUGCUGUCUGCAGCAGUUGCUGCUGUCGAGGCCUCUUCUGGCUUCCUCCACAUCUACAACGACCAACCAAGUGUGAGCGACAAGCAGCCCAUCACGAGUCUCAAGGCCGACGCCGCCCGCCUGGUCAUCGCCUCGCGACUGGGUCUCGACCGAUACCACUCCCUCCAAGGACAGUCCGAAUCUGCCCUGCAAGAAAUCGAUCGCCUUUCUGGACAGUCAUCCUUCCUUUCGUCCAACGAUGCCUCAGUCGCCUUCAUCGUCUCGACUACCGACGACGACCUUCCUCUCUCCUUUACCGAAUCUGCCAACCUAGAGACCAUUCAGAUCAAAGACUCUCCCGACUUCAAAGCUGCAGAGAAGCUCCUCAAGGAUCUCGCCCAUCAAUCUGGCAUCGACGAAUUGCACCAUGUCCAGCACUCUACCGUCUCCUCUGACGCUGGCCCUGCUUUCAGAAUCGCUCAAGACUCGCGGGUAAGUACACAUCUUGUCGAACCAUAUACCGUCCUCCUCCUAACUGUGACANNGGCACUUGGCGAAGCCUUUGGGACUCUGUCCAACCAAUACGACACUGUUCUGAUACUCUCUGUACCCAAAGCCUCNAAAAAGAACACAUUCGGCUCUUACGAUGGUCUAGCCAGCUCACACCAAAAGCGCUACGUCAAGGAGGCUCCUCUGAUCACCGAGGUCACCAAGACCGCUUCUCACCUUAAGGCCACCUUGACCCCAGACGCUUCUUCCAACAAGACCUACAACCAGACCGCUCCUCUCAGAGGUAUCCUGCCUGGCUGCUUCGCCUCCCUGUCCGCCUGCCAAUCCAUGACUCGCAACUGCACUGGCCAUGGCUCUUGUGUCUUGUCGCACACCGACAAGGACGCUGGCGACUUGGGCGGCAAGUGCUACUCUUGCGCCUGCAAGGCCGAAGUCCGCACAAACUCCGACGGCACCAAGAAGACCACCCGCUGGGGCGGUCCUGCCUGCCAGAAGAAGGACAUCAUCAUGCCUUUCUGGCUCAUCAGCUCCUUCUCCGUCUUCAUGGUCUUCCUCGUUACCUGGGGUGUCGGUCUGCUCUACACCAUGGGUAGCCAAGAGCUCCCUAGUGUCAUUGGUGCUGGUGUCUCUGGCCCUGUUAGAAAGUAG